UUUUGUUUUUCUUCUAUUAUAUAUACAAAGGAAAAGACCCACAAACAAAUCUCUCAGCCACAAGAACCCAAAACCCCUAAUUAAGAGAGAAAUUGAACCUCUCCUCCUCCUCCUCCUCCUCCUGGUCCUCCAUGUCUGAUGAACCAAGAAAUCUCUACUAUGAUUCUCCAUAUUUUCACAACAAUGAUGUUCAUAGUAUUAAUAGUGGGUUAGGUAUGUACACUUCUAGCAAGCCUCUUGGUUUAUCAUCAUCAUCAUCAACAUAUGGUGCACCACAAGGGUUUGGUUCUUCAUCAUCACCAACAAGCUUCAGUGAGUGCUUGCAUGGAUCCAUGGACUACAAUUCACUGGCAAAAGCCUUCGGCUUGUCUCCAUCGUCGUCGUCUGAAGUGUUCUCAUCCACCACAGAAGGAGAUCAAACCAAGCCUAUUAUUGAAAUUGAAAACAUUCCAGCUACCCCUAAUUCCUCAGCCUCCUUCUCUUCUUGUGAAGCUGGUGGUGAUGAUGAGAAGAAAGAUCAAAAGCAGCAACCAGAGUCAGAGAACUUAGAUGGAGAGGAAUGCUCUAAGAAAGUGAACAACAAGGGGAAGAAGAAAGGAGAGAAGAAGGAAAGAGAGCCACGUUUUGCUUUCAUGACUAAAAGUGAAGUUGAUCAUCUAGAAGAUGGUUAUAGAUGGAGAAAAUAUGGACAGAAGGCAGUCAAGAACAGUCCUUAUCCUAGAAGCUACUACCGGUGCACCACUCAGAAAUGCAAGGUUUUGAAGAGAGUGGAGAGGUCAUUUGAAGAUCCAUCGACUGUGAUUACAACAUAUGAAGGACAACACAACCAUCCAGUACCAACAACACUCAGAGGAAAUGCUGCUGCCAUGUUUGCACCUUCAAUCCUUACACCGUCUCCGAUUUUCGGCGGACCGAGCAAUUAUCCUCAUCAUCAUCAAGAGUUCUUGUUUCAGUUCCCUUCAAUGAGUAACCAAGGCGGUGGCGGCCGCGGUGCAACUAAUUCUGCUUAUCAUCAUCAACAGAAUGUGAAUAAUCCUCUCCAGCAAUACCACCCUCAUCAAGUUGCUUCUUCUCAUGACUAUGGACUUCUUCAAGAUAUGUUCCCCUCCAUGUUCCCCAAACAAGAGCCAUGAAGACUAGCUAGACCCUCCUUUUCUCUUAUAAAUCUUUAAUAUUGUACAUAUAUAUAUAUAUACAGAGAUAAUAUAUAUGUAUUUUUGAAGUGCAAUUGGAUUCCCAGAACAUAGUGGAUGCAUGAGAGAAGACUGGUUGCUGGUGGGUUUUUUUUUGAAAAAACCUAGUUAAUUAGCUUAAUUAAUACUGCUGAAGAACUGCAUGUGUUAUUGUACUAAAAUGUAGUCCAUGGUGCAUUGGUGCUUUUUUUUUUAUGAGUUUAAUGGAAUUGAGAGAUCAUUUUAUUGGAUUGUAACUCUUCACGAACAUAUAUAUUCUUGUUUAUUUUCCA